AGAGAGAGAGAGAGAGGGAGGGAGGCUGAGCCAUCACCGGGUUGCAGCAGUCAGUCAGUCAGUCCGCCGCGCCUCUCCAGCCAUGAUGCGCCUCCGUCCUCUCCUGUCUGUGUUUCGGGGAUUUUCUGUGUCUGUGUGGUGGAGAUGAUGUUGAGGCUGGUGGUUCUGGUGUUCAUGCUGGGUCUCCAGCUGCGGCACUGCGCGGCUGAUCUCUGCAGCUGGACCGGGAGCGGUUUUGCAGCUGCUGUCGACUCCAGGAUCGUCCUCCAGGUGCGGCUGCGCUGCACGGAGGGCUCGGUCAGGUGGAUCUACCCGGGCCAGGCUCUCCGGGUGGUCCUGGAGCCCAACCUGUCCUCCGCCCGGCGCACCACCGUGUGCAUCAAGCCGUCCCCGUCUCUCCGAGGAGCCAGCGUGUUCAUUGAACGCUCCGGGGAGCUUAAUGCUUCAUGCCGACCCUGCAACGACACAGAACUCCUCAUGGCCGUCUGCAACAGUGACUUCGUGGUCCGAGGCUCCAUCAAGAACGUCUCCCACGACUCUGCACGUCAGACCUCACUGGUGGAGGUGUCAGCAGCGAGGGUUUACUGGCAGCGCAGCGGGGUGUUUGAGCACCAACCAACCGCUGCCGGGUCGCCUUGGCGCGGCCACAUCCACACGCUCCUGCAGUGCCACGUGCAGCCUGGGGACGGAGAGUUUCUGUUCACGGGGUCAGAACACUUUGGGGAAGCUUGGUUAGGGUGUGCCCCACGAUACAAAGACUUCCUGUCUGUCUACCAGACCGCCUGGGCGGCACGCCGGAAUUCCUGCGACUUCCCUUUAGACUGAGGAAGUGUGUUGUUUUAGCACCGCUGAGCCCCACAGGCGUCCUCGCCCCUGUGCUGGCACCGUGGGAUCCCUGUGAUGCUGUCUUGUGCCAGCAAGGUGGCAUCCAACGUCACCAGCAGGGACAAAGCUGUGGAACUGCUGGUUAAAAGACAUGUUGGAGGAGCAGAACAGGAGCAAACAGCAGGGCCUCCUGCACUGAGGCUCAGAGAGAGCCGGCCUUUGUCCCCUUCCCAUCACUGCCCUCGGUCCUAGGAGACGGAGAAGGGGUUGGGUUGCUGCGCUCUCUUUGUGCUUCUCCCAGCAUCAGCCGUCGUUCACUUUGCUGGCUCUGUGUGACCCUCUGAACUGAGGCGGGAGGGGAGACCGAAGCACGGCCAUUUGUUAUUUGUCUUAGUAGAAAGGCUUGUACAUACAUGACCGAGAAGUUAUUUUUAUUCUGACUGAGUCUCAUGUUGUCUAUUUAUAAAUGUUGUGCUGUACACAGGAUCUUUGAACUAAGUGUUUGUGCAUCAGGGUUGUUGUGCUCACAGUGCAAAAUAAAUCCUCUGAAGACUCCACUGUAGUGGUGAUCAUAUUUUGUGCAUUUUCAGCUAUGAUAUACACACUCUUUGUUUUCAAAAUGGCCGAAAAUGUUCGUUGUUUUUUUUUUUAUUUUUUUUUUUACAAUUUUAAAUCCAUGAAGAGACUCCAUGAAACCUUUCAGUAAAGGAGAAAUGUGGUGAAAAGCUUAUCUUGGCUCACUUUGACAGGAUGUAAUUAAUCAGAUAUGGCCUUUUUUUGUCAGUAAGACUGAAUUUUCAUAUUCUAACUCUCUCUCCCUGGUCUGCAAGAGAGAGUUAAUUUGCCAUUUAUUUUGACUGUAGGUUAUUCAAAUAAACUAUCCAAAAAUCUGAUUUUAAUACAUACAACAUGGUGGUCAGUUCAUUUUGAUUUGAUGUUUACUAUCAGAUACAAAUCUGUAAUUUUGGCAACACAAUACAUACAAAAUAAAACUC